AUGGAUGUCGCAAGCCUCAUCUCGCCUUCUGAAUUGGAUACAGUUCCGACCUUCAAGUCAAGAUGGACUCAGAGUCCUUCUGCUGUACAAGCCAGCCUAUACAAGCGCCUCUCUGAUCAAUCUACGGGCUCUUACUUCACUGUACCGAUACACACGACAUCUUACUCUCGUACCCCUCAGCCACCACUGUCCCCUCCAGUCGAUGACCAGCCCAAGUGCUCGCUUCCUUCCAUCUCGAUUCUGCUCGAGGGCGCAGACGGUGCCGCUGCACACGCAGCAAAACGCCAAAGGACUAGUCUGUCAGCGCACAGGGAUUCAGAUCCCCGGCCUCAAUCGCAGACAUAUGACUCGAUCACACCACACGCCAUGCCACCAACGCCGCCACUGCGUCCUGGCUCGGGCUUCAACCGCCAUUCUCCCUCGGCAUCAUCUGUCUCUGCUACGAGCACCAGCGCUGUGAUCAAAACCACCGAAACGUAUUCCCAAGCGCCAAUUGGCCUUCCUAGUCCGAUAGAUCGAUCCUCCAUCUCGAGUCAAGGGUCCGUUCAGCAUGCUCCCGGAGCUCCAUAUGCUUCCCCCGCUCCCAGUGUGGCAUCCUACUCUUCUCCCAUCGAGCCCUCUACACCAUCAACUGCCGGUUACUACCAAAGAAACCCUGCGCCAAGCACCUUCCAGAACGCAGGCACCGUCCCUCCAGCAUCCGCGGCACCCCUUCCCUCGCCGGCUCAUCAGCAGAUGAUUUCUCCUGUCACCCCCGCCUGGCAACACCACCACUACUUCCCCCCGUCCAGUUCCACGCCUUACCAGCAGAACCAUGAUCGCUACAUUUGCCGGACCUGCCACAAGGCCUUCUCGCGGCCCUCGAGCCUCCGCAUCCAUUCUCACAGCCACACCGGUGAGAAGCCUUUCCGCUGCACGCAUGCAGGCUGCGGAAAGGCCUUCAGCGUAAGGAGCAAUAUGAAGCGUCACGAGCGUGGUUGUCAUACGGGCCGCCCAGUUGCUACCGCCAUGGUCCAAUAG